UUUAUCUCUUUAUUUUCCCUCCCUAAACUAAAGAUUGAAUCUUGCUCACUUAUUUAUACACAACAUAUAAUUUUCUGAUAUCCUUUACUUCAUCACUCUCCUUCAUUGUAAGAAAAAACGUUAGAAAAUGGAACAGACUAACCAACGCAUUGCAAAGAUCUCAGCUCACCUUUACCCUUCAAAUUCCCAGAUUAUGGAAGAUAGUUCUGAGCUGAUGAGAGCCAACUGCCGAGCCAAAGGUGGAGCUCCGGGCUUCAAAGUGGCUAUUUUGGGUGCUGCUGGAGGCAUAGGCCAGCCUCUGGCAAUGCUAAUGAAAAUGAAUCCACUUGUUUCAGUUCUUCAUCUCUAUGAUGUUGUUAACGCCCCUGGUGUCACAGCUGAUAUUAGUCACAUGGACACUGGUGCUGUGGUGAGGGGUUUUCUGGGGCAGCCACAGCUUGAGAGUGCUCUUACAGGAAUGGACCUUGUAAUCAUUCCUGCUGGUGUGCCAAGAAAGCCCGGAAUGACCAGGGAUGAUCUUUUCAACAUCAAUGCUGGAAUUGUCAGGACACUUUGUGAAGGAAUUGCCAAGAGCUGCCCCAGAGCAAUUGUUAACUUGAUCAGUAACCCUGUUAAUUCAACAGUUCCAAUUGCGGCGGAGGUUUUCAAGAAAGCUGGAACAUAUGAUCCAAAGAGACUUCUGGGAGUCACAAUGCUUGAUGUUGUUAGAGCAAAUACUUUUGUUGCAGAAGUUCUGGGACUUGAUCCAAGGGAAGUUGAUGUGCCUGUUGUUGGAGGUCAUGCAGGAGUGACAAUCUUGCCACUUCUGUCUCAGGUCAAGCCUCCCUCUUCCUUCACUCAACAAGAAAUAGAAUACCUGACCAAUCGCAUUCAAAAUGGUGGAACAGAAGUUGUCGAGGCAAAAGCUGGGGCUGGCUCUGCAACUCUGUCAAUGGCAUAUGCAGCUGUUAAAUUUGCCGAUGCAUGUCUUAGAGGAUUGAGAGGAGAUGCCAAUGUUGUGGAAUGCUCUUUUGUAUCUUCUCAGGUGACAGAACUUCCUUUCUUUGCAACCAAGGUUCGGCUAGGCCGUAAUGGAGCUGAAGAAGUCUUCCAACUUGGGCCUCUAAACGAGUACGAGAGGAUUGGAUUGGAGAAAGCAAAAACGGAGUUAGCAGCAAGCAUUCAAAAGGGCGUAUCAUUUAUCAAGAAAUAAAAUGAAGGCAGACAGAGAGAGUUGUUAUGUAAUUAUUAUAUCUUAUAGUAAGUAGUUUGUAUCUGGAACCACCUGAUGGAAACGAAUCUACUUUGUUAUGUGAUCA